AUGGAGUUUUACGACGAAGACAUGCCUAGAUUCGUAUUCCGAUCUCGUCCUUCCUCUUCUCGCAUGGCGGAGGAAAACGAUCCUAAACCACCUAACAAGAUCUUCAUCUCAGUGUCUGUUGUUAUCUCUCUCCUCGUUUUAUCACUCUUCUUCUUCUACUUCGAAUCAGAGCCAACCAAAUCGCUCCUCUUAAGGCUCUCAAUCUCCGCCCUCAUCGGUCCUUUCGCGCCUUCUUCUCUCACCGGUGGUAGAAUCCGCGUCGGUUACGGUCAGAUCUUGGAGGAAGAGCAGAUCAACGAAGAUCUAUCGAUGGACAACGAGCAAGAAAUCGAGGAGGAACAAACGAUCUAA